GUAAAAAUGACAUGAUAUGCAAAAAGAGUAGUAAUUGGUUUUCGCUUUAUAAUAUUUUGUGCCAUAGGAGUAAGUACAUUUGCUCUGACUUUAGGUGGAAUUAUAAUAAUAAAGAAGGCACCAUUUAUUGUAAAAGUACAAUUCAUAACUUUGAUUUUGACUCUACUCACAGAAAUUUAUAUGUAUACGUGGCCUGCUGAUCACAUGAAAGAUAUGAGUAUAAAUGUUUCACAAAGUGUAUAUAAUAUAACAUGGUAUAAACAAACAUUGAGAAUGCAGAAGAAUAUAUUAAAUGUAUUAAUGUAUCAACAACCAAUAAUUCUUUCUAUUAAUUGUAUAUUGCCAGAACUUACAUUACAUUAUUAUUGCUCGUAUCUAUCCAAUGCUUUCUCUAUCUUCACGGCUAUACGUGUCAUCAUAGAAGAUGAUCCAUCAUAAAUUUAACAUUUUUCUAUUAUAUAAUUGUUAAAAUACUUAACGAGAUUUUUAUGCAAAUAAUAUAUUUAAAUAUUUAUUUAAUAAUUGAUAGUUAUUUUCAUUAUGAAAUAAAUGUUUGACUCGGAUUGCAAAUCUAUUAUGAAUCUAUUUUUUUAU